ACAGUCAAAACACAAACUAAAACCUGAAACCUUAAACUUGGUCCCUUCCUAAUGUCUCAAACUACAACAACAAUGCGUGAGCGUGUUCCAGACGACGUCGUAGAAGACAUCCUGGCUCACCUACCAGUGAAAUCCUUAACCCGGUUCAGGUGCGUUUCGAAAUCUUGGAACUCCAUCAUCACUGACACCACUUUCAUCAACAAACACUUGAAGCUCAACCUCAACCAAUCCGAAUCAUCAAUGUCCACAAACACUCACAGUGGGUAUUUGCUGUAUACUACAGAGGAUAAGGAUAGUUCAUCAUCUUCCAAAGAAUUGUGUACGGUUGUUUGCAACAACGACCGCACACUGACCCAGGUUUCUAGGUUUGAAAUCCCCUCUUUUUUUGAAAAGUACAGGAUAGUUGGUUUCUGUAAUGGCUUGUUCUGCCUAGCUAGUUAUGAGAAAGAACUUUGCCACAUUAUUUAUUUGUGGAACCCAAGUAUUAGAAUGUGUAAGAAACUUGUAGCUACUCGCUUUAAUCGCAAGCAUAAUGAAAGAGCUGCUAUUGGAUUUGCUUAUGAUUCUCUGAACAACAACUUCAAGAUUCUGAGAAUUGUGUGUAAUGCGAUGUUCAAUGAAUCAGAAGCUGAUGCAGAGAUUUACACGUUAAGUCCGGAUUCGUGGAGAAAGGUUGUAGUAUCGAUGGAGUCCUUAAGAGGGUAUGAACCCAACAUUGGGACUAUUUGUGAUGUUUGGGGACCUUUCAAAUUUUAUAAUGGAGCUCUGCACGCUUUAGCUUUUACUGUUGGCUAUUCUUUCAUUUUGUCCUUUGACAUUAGUUAUGAGAGCUUCCAUGAGAUAAUGAUGCCUCGUAAUCACUUAGAUGAAGUGUCUAUAAAUUUCACUGAACUUGCAGUGUACAAGGGAUUGACAGCUGAUUUUGUUUUCGCUCAUGAUCAUGGCAAUGAGCGUGGUGGGAGAAUCUUAUGCCACAUAUGGGUUAUGGAGAAGUACGGCGUGGCCAAGUCUUGGACUAGAAAAUUUGUGAUACCAAUGGAAUGGGUUUGGAUAGGUCAUUUCUUUGGCUGCACUAACAAUGGUGAACUUCUCAUUAAGAAUGCCACUGGGCUGGUUUCGAUUGAUCCUGAGAGUCAAAAUCAGAACAUUCUCGCCCUUGAAGAUGCUAAUUGGGUGGCUUUCUUGGCUAAUUCAAUGGAGAGCUUGGUUUUACUUGAUGGGGAUAGUGAGAAAGAGAGUGAGGAGGAGAAGAAGAACUCCAAUGUUUGCUCCAUGGAUGACCUAGGCAGUGCUUCGGGCAGCGGUGGUGGCCUAGGCAGUGGCAGCAGUGGCGAUGGCGACAGCAGGGCGACUUCAUAAAAAUUAAUUGGAAAAAUCCUUGGUCUCUUUUGCUUCCUUUACACUGGUGGUUAGUGGUUAAAUUUCUGCUAGCAAGAGCAGUUUUGAGAGGCAAAGCUUUAUAAAGAAGCUGCCACUAAAAAGAUCAAGGAUUAUCUUAAUCCUUGAAUUUGCUUAUAUAGUUAUAUGGUUAUCUAUGUGGUUGGAUAACACUCAAUAUAAGGAUGAACACAAUUUACUUACAUACAAUUAAGACAUAAAUUGUUGCUCUGUUAGUCAUACAUAAUGGAUGUAAAAAUAGUAUUUCUAUCUAAA